UUACAUUUAUUGAGAAAAUUAUUAUGGCUUCUCCACAGCCCCGUCCAAUGAAGAAAAAAACUCAUCCCAUGUUAUCUCCCAAUAACAAGACCACUCACUCACCACACUGCUUUAGAUCAUUCAAGAUAUGUCAUAAGUGUCACUCGCCCAAAAAGAGACCAGGGGACACAGAUGAUGGCACUAAGCCAGAAAUGAGGAGGAUUGUUAACAGUGCACUGUAUUCAGACACUGAUGAGGACGCUGGCUCUAUUACUGAUGUUAGGGAGGAUGAGGAUGUGCCCAUCAGAGUCCAGGUGUUGCCUGAUUCUGAGGCAGAUGAGGAGGAGAUGCUACCCUCUGAACAUGACACUGCGACUGAACCGGUGUCGAGCAAUGCUAGCCGUAGCAAUGCUAGCGCUGAGCUAGAGGUUUUGCCUGGUUCUGAGGCAGAUGAGGAGGAGAUGCUACCCUCUGAAGAUGAUACUGAGACUGAACUGGUGUCGAGCAGUGCUAGCCGUAGUGAUGCUAGUCCUAGCAAUGCUAGCGCUGAGCUAGAGAGAAGCCUGGCUGCAGACCUGCACGAAAUAUCGGAAAUACCACAAAGUGACCACAGUCGUCACACAGCUAGAGACACAACUUUCAGUCCUACCCGGGAUAGUACUCGUACUCCCAGCAGCUUCGCUCCAAGCUUCUACAACAAAUACCAGGGUAACAUAUCACGUGACAUGCAAUGGGACCCAGAAAAGGAGGAUUUGCACAAACAGUGUCAAGAGUUGCGACACAAGAUAGAGGACGAACAUGCCGGGUACGAACAGAAGUUGAGGGCAUUGCAGGAGAACACGCAGAAACAAACUACACUGUCAACUAAACUGCAGAAUAAGAUAUUAGAACAGAAACGUAGGAUAUUAGAGUUAGAACAUGCGAUAGCGGGGAAGAACAACGAACUUGAGGAUGCUAAGGAAGAGUUGGGAAGCACGACUGAGACGCUGGAACAGCAGCUACAGGCAGCAGAAAACAGAUUGAGGGAAACAGAACGGAAUUUACAGAACGAGCUUGCCAUGAUGCAAGAUAAAUACGAGGAAGAAUCGACCAAAGUUCUACAGAUGACCCAACAGGGAAACAAAUUGAGAUCACAGUUAGAUCAAGAGAAAUCCGAGAACGCACAUUUACACGCUGAUAUAAGAACCUUGACUGCAGAUUGGACUGCAGCUCGUGAACAACUUCAGGAAAAAGAGGUUGAAGCGAGGGAGACAAUGAUGGAAAUCCAACGUCAAGGUAGUGCCAGUGAGUCAGCCAAGUUACUGGCAGUCUGGCGAUCGGUUAAUUCCAUCAGACAAGACUUCAGCACCACAAACAACAGUACUGCUAAAGAUUUAGAUAGGAUGAGAUCUGAUCUUUCCGAGUGGAGCUCCCGACUAGAACAACAAUGCAAGUCUGCCUACUUGGAAGCACAAAGCUUGCUCGACAACGAGAGAUUAGCAAGAGAACAACUGGAGAUUGUGCUGGGUGAGAGGACCAACUCUUUCAACGAUCAACAACGAAAGUUCGAGAGCGAGAAAACAGAGCUACAGGGGACUAUUCAGCAACUGCAGAGUACAGUUGACACGCUGACUCGGGACCUUGCUUCCACUGACACCGAACUCAACAAGACCAAGGCUGACUUCUCUGAUCUGGACCACGAAAAGGGUAUGACAGACGCACAUCUCUCCCGAGAAUCGGAGAAAGCAAAGAAUCUGAAGAAUGAAGCUGAGUCGUACAGUACCACUCUCAAGGACAUCAUCAACGCGGUGUCACGUGCACAGGCUGCCAUGGGACUGGAUUGUACCCUGGAUUCCUCUCUUAGAGACAUCCCCAGACCAGGGUCUCCUAAACGAUCUGCCUCACCAACACGGGACGUUGCACGAACUGGAGCAACUAACGAUGUUGUGAACUCUGUCCUCUCCUCCGUACCCUCCCAACACCUCUGUGAAUGGGCUGCUAGCUCUGUCAGGGCUACAAUCUGUGGAUUUGAGGGUAGAAUAGAGGAGCUGAUGGCAAACGUAGAAGCAGGGUUAGACUCGCUGGAUGAGAGUCACAAGGAGAGUGGUAAAGUGAGGGGUGAGAACGCUGGACUGUCCAAGGCGUGCGAGGCGCUCAAGGCUGAAAUCUCCGAGGUCAAAGACUCAUUAGACGAGAGGUCCGGGCAAUACAACAAAGCAAUGGACGAAAUAUCAGCCCUCAGCACCGCUAAAUCAGGUCUAGAAAAGAAGAGUAAAGAUUUGGGAGAUAGUUUGACGAGUUCUCGUGGCGAGGCUUCCAAUCUUACUACACUUAACACCGAGCUUAAUGUUCAGGUUGCGGGACUACAAUCUGAGAAGGAGCGUCUGUUAGCUGAAAAGAGUAAGAGGAAGGAUCAACUAGCUCAUUUAACUGAGCGUUCUGACGUCCUACAAAGAGAACAUGCAGCCCUUAGCAAAGAAGAACAGAUCCUACGAGGGAAGCUGGGCAGAUCUGAGACUGAUGUGGCGAGGCUGAGUGAACUGAAAGUGGAGAUGGGAGACAGGGUACAACAGCUAGAGAGGGUCAAGAGCGAUCAGACUGAUGUUAUUGGCAGAAUGAAACUAGAGAAGCAGUCCUUCGAGGACAAAGUGUCCCAUCUUGAGACGACUCUUGGACAAUUGGAGGCGGAGAAGAUUGACAUGAAGAGCGCUCUAAAAACUGCAGGCAUUGAACGUGUGAAGCUGAGCCAACUUAAGGAUGAAGCUGAGGUGGACAAUAAUAAUCUUAAAAACGAGUUGGCAACACUGAUCAACAAGUUCGAACUGAUUGACGGAGAGAAAAAUAGGCUGCUUCAAGUGAACAACGAACUAGAGAUUACCAAAGCUAACCUCGAGGAGUGUGUCAGAAAUAUCGACAGAGAAAAAGGAGAUCUGAACGAGUCGUACACAUUGCUGGGUAUGGAGAAGGAAGACCUGUUGGACACUUUGGAGACGUCUACCAGAGAGAGGGAGAAACUUGGACAGACCAUCGUACGGAUGGCUAAAGCACGAGAAGAUCUAGUAAAAGAGAAACACCAGUUGAAGGAGGAGCUAGGAAUGGUGGAGAUGCGACUAGACGGAGCUAUAGAACAGAACAAGAGUCUAGCAGAGAGUAAGGCUAGCUUAGAACAGUCGCUCCACGGUACAGAACAGAACCUGGCACGUGUUGAGUUGCACAAGGAGAGUUUGGAGAGAGAAGUGGAGGAGCUGGUGCAGAUAAAGGAGGAUCUGACUGUCGAGCUGGCAGCUGUCCAGAAAGAGAAGGAGAUCCAGGGAGUUACACUAAGUAAGGAUAUCGAGCAGCUCAAGGUAAGACUGUUACAAACUACAAACGAUAAGAACAACCAGAUCGAGAGACUCAACAAGCAGAUGCAGGACGCUCUCAGACAAGCAGAGGAAGAAAAGGAAGACGCACUCUUUGAAAUGAAACGAUCAAAGGAUCAGGACCUAGAAAUAGUGUUAGCAGAGAAGCAGAGCAUGGCGAUAAGAGGCGAGAAGGAGAGAGAGGAGUUACAGGACGAACUUGACAAAACCAGGACCAAUCUCAGUGAGUCAGUAAACAAGCUGAUGAAAGAGAAACAUGAAGCGAUACAAGACCUGGAUGAACAGCGAGCAGCAGUGACAGAGAAGCUUCACAAGCUGGAGAGACAACAUGACCACACCCUGUCCGAGUAUGAGAGAGCUAGGGACAGCUUCUCUAUGAGGUCUCAGCAGAACAAGGAGGAGAUCGCUGGCCUGCAGGACAAAUUGGAGAAGACAGGAGACGAGCUGUCAAAGACAGAACACUCUCUCCGAGCCCUGACCACCAAACAUAACGACACGGUGCUUCGUACCACUAAAGAUAUUGAGGAUCUGAGAGAAAAGUGUGCUGAACAGGAGGAUGACAACGCUGCUCUUUCUCAGGAGAUACAAACGCUCCGUCUGAAGCUCGCUGAAGCGGAGGGAUGUCUUGAAGUGGUCAGAUCACACCUCCAGGAUGUUGAGGCAAUGAAAAAAGAACUGGAAGAAGAGCGAAGCAAAACUCUUACCGAAUUGGGUACGAUCGAACAGAAAGCUCGAAGAGACGAAAUCGAGAAAGAGAGCUUCCAACGAGAUGCUCAGGAGCUGAGGAAGAGACUUGCCAAGACAGAAGAAGCAAGAGAAGCCAUCAAGGCAGAAGCUACCAGUCUACGAGGAAGAAUGGACGAGGCAGAGGAAGAGAGGAAGAACAUCUGGAAAGAAGCUCUGGAGCUUAGAGCUGCGAUACGUCACACCGAGAAAGCUAGAGCGGACGCGAAUAAAGAGCUGGAUGAACUGAACCAUAAGGCUCACAUCUUGGAGGAACAGAAACAAGAAGCAAAAUCGGGGCUGGAUAACUUCAAGAAUCAGCUCUACAAGCAGGAGAAGAUGGCCCAGGAGGACACUAGGACUAUUGAUAUACUGAAGACAAAGUUACACGAUGUGGACCAGGAAAGGGGAAAAUCUCAGAACGAGCUGAAUAAUUUGAGGAAACAGAUCAAGGUAGUGGAGGGCCAGAAGAGAGAUACAGAGGACAAGCUUCGUGGAGCAGUGGAGAAGUUACAGAGAGAAGAGAGACAAGCGGACAAGAGAGCCCGAGCUCUGGAACAGAUGUUGGAGGAAGCAGGUAGAGAGAAGGGUGAAGCUGAGUGUAAACUAUCAGGUGCUGAAGGCAGAAUGAACGGUUUGGAGAACCAGCUAACCAGAACAGAAGGACAGAGAAAGGAGCUUCAGCUCAGACUCGCCAACCUUGUCUCCGUGCUUCAAGCUACACUUGGACUCAGAGACCUAACCCAACCGUCCCUCAUUAUCCCAGAGGAAGAAGACUUCGGACCACCAAGCCGCUCAUCCUCUCCCAUCAGACGUCCCAUAUCUCCCAGCCGGAUCAACAGAUCUGCAUCACCCUCCAGAUUGUUGGGAAUGGCAGGAGAAGCCCAAGUAGAGGCUGAAACAGUUAGACACGCCGUCCUGCAUUUAAGAGGAAGUCUCGCUAACGCUGAGGGAGAACGAGACGAAGCUAUCGCUACAGUGGACAGUCUCCAGAGAGCAAUGAAGGAGCUGGAUGAGGACAAGAAGAGGGGGGACCUGAAAGUUAACAGUUUGCGUGAUCAGAUCGCCAGCAUGGAGAGUGGAAUACGAGGAGCUGACGGCAGGUUGGUCACCGCUCAACAAGCCCUGUCCCAGCAGGAGGAGAGAUACAGAUGUGGCGAGAAGGAGAAGACCCUGCUAACGGAGAAGUUGAACAACGCUAAUAAACAGUUGGCAGCAUUGCAGGAGGAGAGGAGGGAGUUACAGGAAACAGGUCAUAAACUAAACCUCUCUGUGAAGGGGUGCGAGAGGGAGAAGAAGGAGCUCCAGGACAGACUAGAAGAAGUAGCCGCACAGCUAGCAACUGGAGAGAGAGACAAAAGACAGACCCUGGAGGAACUGCAGAAAUCUCAGCGACAACAUAUUGAGGGAGAGGCAGAGAGGAAGGUUCUCCAGCAGAGACUUGAGUUGCUGAGACAGAGUCUGACUGAGGCAGAGAGGGAGAAAGGACAGUUACAGGAUCUUUCAGCCAGACUCACCAAAUCUCUUCAGAAAGUACAGGAAGAAGAGAAACACCUUCUGGGGACUGUGAACGAUCUGAACCAGUCCCUAACGGACAGCCAACAUGGUUCUCAAACUCUUCAGGAGAAACUCACUCAGUAUCACAAGAGACUGAACGCUGCAGAGAGCGAAGGACGAGUACUCAGUGAGAAAUUGGCAGCGCUCCAACAGAGUCACUCAGAACAAGAGGACCUUAUCAACAGACUUCAAGAGAGGAUGGCUACUCUACAAAAUAACCUAACUGACAAUGAGGUCCAGAAGAUACGUCUUGAGGGACAGGUGCGGAACCUGCAGCUCACCCUUCAACAGAAGGAUAAUUUGAUAGAGGACCUCAACAGUAAGAUUGAGGAACUGAAGGGGGAGAAGGAGCAUCUUAGCAAGGUCAUCAGCCAGACUGAACACUCCGCCAUGCAGGCUGAACAAGAAAAGCGGGGUCUGAAAGAAGAGCAGAUAAUCUCAGAGAAGGAGAAGAGAGGUCUCCAGCAGAUGUUGGAGCUUGCUACCGCGGAGAAGAGCCGUUUGGAUGAGCAGCUGAGUUUGGUGGAGAAGAGACGAGGAGACUUGGAGACCACCCACAAUUCUACUAGCAGAGAACAAGCUAAAGUGAACAGAAGACUAACGAUGACCCAGCAGCAGUUAGCAGAUACUGAACAGAGCUUUAACCAGCGACUUACCGCCGGCCAAGUCAGACACAAACAGGAGUUAGUACGUGAACAAGAGAGGGUGAAGAGAACAGAGAAGUUACUUAAAGAGGAGCAUGAGCGUGGGAAUUCUCUGCUAACCCGUGUCAAGGAUCUCGAGAUCCAGAACUCUUCUCUCAGGUCUCAAAUAUCUGAGGGGGCCCUGAAGAGACAAAGCUACCUCGACAACUCUUACAAAAAGAGUGCUGAGAUCAGAGAACUGAGAGGACUGGUCGGGGACUCCUUUAACUCGCUCGCUAAAGAUCCGGCUGUGGACAGUUCUUUGUUACAGCACGAGGCUGGCAAGUUAGACAGAAGUUACCGUGGUCGAGCCUCCCCCGACAGAUCAGUCUCUCCCUCACGUUACUCUCCUCGGAUCCGCCACACCUCUCCAGAGAGACCUGUCAGACUUCUUACCUCACCUAAAAACACUAGCACACCUAUCCGCAGAUAAAUAGUUACUCUCUUAAAUCAUUAAGUAUAAUCAUUCUCGUGAUUAUGCUUAAUUGUAAUUACGUAUAAUCAUAGGCUCUGAAUUUUUGGUUAAUUAAACACUGUAGACCGGAGGCUUUUCAGCUUUAAGAAGCGGUUUUUUUUUUCGGCAUAGAAACUGAUGCACGAACGGAAUGUGUAAACUGUGUAAUUAUAUUUUAUAACUGUAAUUUAAUUUUGUAAAUAUUUUAAACGAAAGGGCUGGCAGCAGAAACCGACAAGUGUUAAUUAUUCUCUCUGGAUAUGAUAAUUUCAUAGCAUGUGUCUUCUAGUUCUUAUUUCAUUGGCGCCUGGACUGCAUUGGUAUCGGUAUUGGCAUAGAAUUAGAUAGGAUAGCUAAAAGUAGCUAAGAGUAUAUGGUGGAAUUCAACAACCUAAGAUAGAUUAACUGAAUUGGUAAUUUUAAUUUGGUUUCUUUCAUAACUGCGAAUAGAGGGGAAAGUGUGUUGUGACAGGAUUGUAAAUAUAAUGGUAGACUCUUUAAGCUCUGUAAACGAUACAAAAAUUUGACUUCGCCAAUCUUAUCUUUACAUCUCCGCUGUUUUUGGUAGGAUCUGAAAUUAUUUACUUAACAGCUUGAUAUACAUUAUUUUAUCUCUUAAUAGAUUAUUUUAUCCGUACCUUGAUUUCUUUUUCUAGUAUAAGAUUUAUGAGAAAAAAACAUGCGAAAUUAUGUCAACUAAUUGACAUUGUAAGUGGAAUCCACAAUUUCGAAACUGACAGCUUUAAUUAUAAUAAUAGGUAUAACAAAUUGAAAAGAUUUGAGCAAAUAAUUGAGUUCGGGAUUAAUGAUUGUAUUUGAUCUGAUUUAAACCGUAUGAAGAAUCACUUGUGAUGUAUUAUGUUUUUGUGUUCGGGAAGAUUUCUGGUUUUGUAUCUGAAAGUUAAUCACGUGACGAGGGUCAAGUGGUCUAUAUUUACCCUAUGUUGCAUGGUUAUGUACUAUAGGAACAUUGGUAGAAUUUACCCUACCAAUUUUUGUGUUUUAAAAAUCAAA